AAUUAUCGACAAUAAGAUUCUUCGUGUGACAAAUGCUUAAUAAUUUUGAAAUAUCAACUUAAAUUUCAGUGAAUAUUGAAUAGCAAUGAUAAUAUUUAAAAUUUAUAUUUCAAAAUUAUUAAGCUUACAUUAAAUGUAGAAGAUUGCUUCGAUUUGUUAGUAAAAGACUCUUUUUAGCUUUAUCACGUUCUUGUCUGACUACUGAAUCCUAAAAAGUAAAACCUCAAUUUCCACCAGAUUUAGAUUAUUGUGUUAAUUUGUUCACUUAUUAAUCAACUGUUCUUUUUUCCCGACAACUUAAUAAAAUGGAAGGAGAAAAUGUUUCAUUAAAUUAUGAUUGGUUUGGAAAGAUUAUAACUGUCGAUGGUAAAGAUUAAGCUUGGUCGGAUAUAUUCCUAUCGUUAUUUGGUUUAGUUUACCUGAUUUAACAUGCAACUUUACCUUCUAUUUUAAGAGGUCAUGAGAUGUAAACAUGUAGAUGAUAAACUUGUCUUGUUAACCGUUACUCCAUCAUCAUCAGCUUCAUCUCUAUUUCCCAUUGCUUAAAUGAUCAUCUUACCAAUACUAUUAUUUAACCGGCGUAAAAGGCGGUUCAAAGUGCUCAUCUUUAUUUAAGACCUCCUUCUCUUUCCCACAUACCUUUUCAAUCCCUUUUUACAGAUACCUUUUGAAGAUGUUUUAAAAUACCUCUCACAUCCCUCUCCUUCAAUCGCCAGUUUCAAUUUUGACACACAAAACAAAGUUGGAACCAAAAGUAACUCAUCAUUCAGCCGAUAAACUUGAUAUAUUCCUCCAAAGUUAACCUUGAUCAAGAAAACAAGAAGGACUCUUCAAUCUGUUUUUGCCCGCUUUAUUUAUUUACUCACAUUCACAUGAAUAUACAAGUUUAUUGCAAAUGACAGACAAAACUCUAUUAUAUUCACCAUUCAAGUUUUCUAGUAAAAGUUAACCCAAGCCAUUGUUGGGCUUUCUUGGCCCUCAGUAAAGAUGAAUAACAUGAUGGCUAUGAUGAUAAUGAUGCUCGGAAUCAUUAAUUUUAAUAGUGUUUUAGCCCAUUGGAGUGAUGAUGGUCCAACUGGAAAUGGACUUGGUAAAUUAUCAGCUCUUGACGUUAUUUGUGGUAAAGAUCAUAUGACCGUUAGAGCCGAGUUUGCUGGUCCAUUCCAUGGAAUUGUUUUUUCCAAAGGAACUUAUGGACAAGAUAAUUGUGUUUAUAUUAAACCCUAUUCGGGAGUGACUCAUGCCACAUUUAAAGUUUAUUAUGACCAGUGUGGAACUAAACCCGAUCUUCAGGGUAAAUACUAUGAAAAUACCGUUGUUAUUCAAUAUGGAACGGAUAUUAUCGAAGCUUGGGAUGAAGCAAAAAGACUUCGCUGUGAAUGGUUUGAAGCUUAUGAGAAACCAGCAACUUUUCGUCCAGCCAUUCCUGUUGCUGAUCUUGAUGUGGUUGAAAUGAACUUCCAAGGAGACGAUAUAGAUUGUUGGAUGGAAAUUCAAGAAGGUAAAGGACCAUGGGGACGUGAAGUCUCACGAAUUGUUCCUGUUGGACAACCCAUGACCAUUGUGAUUGCAAUUAAUGAUUAUGGAGGUGAAUUUGACAUGAGAGUUAAAUCAUGCUUUGCUCAUGAUGGUGUAAAACCACCAAUUCACUUGACCGAUGAACAUGGUUGUGUCUUGAGACCAAAAAUGUUAACUAAAUUUGAGAAAGUGAAAGAUCCAAAUGGUAAAGCAACUGUUAUUUCAUAUUCUCAUUUCUAUGCUUUCAAGUUCCCAGACUCAAUGAACGUUCAAAUACAAUGUACGGUUGAAGUUUGUCGUCAUGGUUGUCCAGAUGCUUGUCAGAAAACACCUUACAAACAUCAACCAGAUAGACAGUUUAAGCAACAAAUAUCAUUUUCAUAUGGACCUAAUGGCAAUCAAAACUCAGUUGGUCCAUCAGUUUCAAAGGCUAAAGAUGAAGAGCAACAUGAUCAACAGGACUUACAAGAUUCAGCUUCCCAUUCAAUUCCCACUAGUAAAGUACAAGCACCAUCACAAUCACCGCCAGUUUCAGCUAUCGAUACCAAUAUACCUCAUCAUUUACUAGCACAAAAUUUUGAUUUAAAAAGAUUACCCGUUUAUCGAAAUCAAGAACCUCAAAGUUUAAAAAAUUCAUCAGUUUCCGUAAAUGACAAUCUUGACUCAUCAUCUAGUGAUAAAGUGUCAAAUUCAGAAGACUCAGCAUCUAAUGAAGAUGACUUUUCUUCCAAAGGAGUUGACAGUUCAUCAUCACAAAAUUCCCACUCAACAAAUAAACAAAUUGUUGUCCCUCAAACGCCUCAUCAUCCUCCUCCUCAGGCAACACCGAAUGAUGAGAAGCCAGUUUUUAAUCAUGAAAGUGAUCAAACAGAGUAUUUAUCAAACCUCGGAGGUGAAGCGUAUGAUAAAGCAUCAGCUCUUUUCAAAGAUCUCGGCGUGAAUAUGGAAAUGGCAAAAAUUGCUUCUGGAUUAAUUGAUGGGGUUAAUACAAAUAAAAAUUUCGCAUCAUUAUUAGAGAAUGAGAAAGUUCGUGAACUUGCUGAAGCUUCAGGCAUAAAAUUAAAAGAUCAAGAUCACUUUGCUCCUGAAGUUCAACCAUUGGUGAGUGAAGCCAAUAAUAAUAAUAAUAAUAAUAACGGUAAUAAUAAUGUUAAUAAUAAUGAGGAUAAGUCAGUUGGAAUCGAUAACAUUUCUCCGGAUAGUGAUAAUGGUGAUGAGGAAGAUGAGCCUUUGAAUAAUGAACAGUUAACUCCGGUAGCAAGUUCAGAGCACUUGACAUCCCCUGCCCCGACAUCUUAUCCAUACUCAUUAUCGUUAAAUAAAGAAACAGGCCACCAGCAACACCAAAAUCAACAACAGAAGCAACAUCAACACAAACAAGUCUCAGCAGGAUCUCAAGUUACUAAAAAUGAUCGGGAAAAAGGUCAGUCAUCAGGUAAUAUCAGUAACAACAUUAUUCAAAGUCAUACUGGUUCAGUUAGUAACUCAUCGCAACCUGCUAUGUCCGGCAUCAGACAACAGCAGAAUCAAAAUAACCAGAAUGUGAAGAAUCAUCCUCAUCCUCAUCAACUGCAUCAACAAAAUUCUCAGCAGCAGCAUCAUCAUCAUCAGCAACAACAUCAACAAAAUCAACAGCAACAUCAAUAUCAAAAACAACAACACUUCCAACGAAUUAAUCAUCAUCCAAAUCAGUUUGAAUUUGAUUCACAAGGUAUUAAUCAUGCUUACAGAAAUCCACAGCCUGGAGCAUCACCAGGACUUAACCUUGAGAAUCCGGUUGCUCAAAUUGUCCCGUUACAAUUAGGGAUCGGUCCAAUUGGUGGUCCAAUGAAUGGUCCACCCUCUUUCAAUAAUUUGAUACCUCAACCUCCGGGAUCUCAACAUCCGAUAAUUCAUCAUCAACAACGACCAAUACUAGCUCAUGACAGAAUCCCACCGCCACCACCAAGACCUCACAAUCCUCAUAAAAAUAAUUACCGUCAACCUAAUGUACCAAAUCAUCCACUUCAUAGAGCUACAUCACUUUUAGCCAACCUCGGCAAUUUACCAUCUUUUAAUUUACCCUUUUUAGCCACUAUUCAGAGGCAGGACAACAAUCCUCGUCCAUCUCAUCCACACUCGCCAUUACCAACUGCCACACCAAUAUCAUCUUCUGUACCAUUUCCUCAAGGACCUCGAUCCUUCCGUUCAAAAAGGUCUCCUUCAAAAGAGCCACAUGUUAGUGUUAAAAAAGGUUUCCAAGUUGUCACCUCGAUUGACCUAGCAUUUAUGCCCAAUUCAACUGAUUUACCAGAAAUUUAUGAAGGCCGACGAGAAGAGGUUGUUUAUGGUGUUUGUAUGCCAUUCAAUGGUUUAGUUGUUGCUUUAUCAUCAAUCACGGCAAUAAUUAUCUUCUCACUUUUCUCUUCUUGUAUUCUCAUGAGAAGAUUGAAUAGACUGAGAAAAAAUACGGAUCAUGUUUACAAUUAAAUUAAUGGGUAAAAUGAUUUGUUCAUAUUUUUCUGUCCCUCCGCCAUUGUAACCACCAUUUUCACUACUCUCUGAUAUUUUCAUCAUUAUCCACUUAACUUUAUAAUUAUUAUCAGCAAAUUCAACAAAUUGACAUUUUACUUUCUCCUUAACUUUCAUCUCUCUAAGUCAACUCGGAGGAGGUGAAAAUUAAUGUGAUUAUUGAUUUAAAAUUGUACCAAUUUGAAUGCGCACAAAUUUUUGUGGGAAAUGUUUUCAACCAGUAUUUGUGAUUUCCCAGUCAAUGUUGGCAACCAUGCCAGACCAACGCACAUUUAACGAAAGUGACAAAUAAGGCGCCAACAUGAGCAUUCUGUGAAUAAUUGUACACUUUCGUAUAAAAAUGCAGGCUAUGUAAAUGACAAAAAUAAUAAUACCUUAACGGUCUUGAUCCUCAUCCACCAAUCUUUCACACCCUACUCUCUAACCACUGAGCUGAUGGUCAAUGAUAAAAUUAAUUGAUAAUUUUUAAAACAUAACGUUGAGGCAAAUAUCGAUACUCUUGCGCAGAUGCUGAUUAUUGCGUUUUACGCGAAAAAACGCAAAGAGACAAAGAUUUUGCGGUUCAAUUUCUUACGCUGGCGAAACGCUCACUCUAUUUUGUUUGUGCUGCAAAUUUAUUUUGACUGGGUUAUUUCUUGAUUUUGGCCAACUAAUUUCUUGAUGAAAUUAAUCAGAUGCUGAUAAAUACGAAGUGCAAAGAACUUUUAUCAACAAUUUCUGCACUGAAUCUGUUGACUUUGAGAAAUCUUGAGAGGUGAAGAGAUUCACUUUGUUGUAAAGGUACAAUUAAAAGUACACAAUAUUAAUUUAUACAUAAAA